GUAUGUUCAGUUCCUUAAUGAGUUUCUGACAACUGCAGAACUUUACUUCAUGCUGGGACACAGGGUAUGUCCAGUUCCUGCCUGAAUUUCUGAGAACAGCCGAAUUAUACUUCAUGGUAGGACACAAAGUGCACUACUAUGUAUUUACUGACCAACCUGAAGCUGUACCUAAUAUCACCCUAAAAACAAAUCGAUUUCUUCAUGUUGUAGAAAGUGAGCCUUACAAACGUUGGCAAGAUGUCUCAAUGCAGAGGAUGGAGAGUAUCCAUCAGCAUAUAUCAAAUCAAUUCUACAAAGAAGUAGAUUAUCUUGUUUGUGCAGAUUCUGAUAUGAAAUUUAAUGAUUAUUUAGGAGUGGAAAUUCUAGAUGAACUGGUCGCCACACUUCACCCAGCGUACUAUGGUUCAGAACGUAAUCAUUUUCCAUAUGAACGAAGAGAAAUUUCUGAGGCCUACAUACCAGCAGAUGAGGGUGAUUUUUACUAUAUGGCAGCAUUCUAUGCUGGAACUGUGCAGGGUAUUUACAAAAUGACCCAGGUCUGUUAUGAUGGUAUUCAAAAAGAUAGAAAGAAAGGUGUGGAAGCAGCGUGGCAGGAAGAGAGUCAUUUCAAUAAAUACUUGGCGUACCACAAACCUACCAAAGUACUUUCUCCUGAGUACAUCUGGGACAAUGCCAUGGGAAAUCGGGAAAUCUUGAAAAAGAAACGUUUUAUUGCUGUCCCUAAGGACCAUAAUAAAAUUAGAAAUUAGAUGAUUCUUUUUGAAUAUAGAAAUGAAUGAGUAUAUUAAUUAACAUGUACUCAUGAUUAAUACAUAAGCCAUUACCAGAAAGUACACUGUUAACAUCAGAAUACCUGUAUUAAUAAAAUUAUUUAUAUACACUGUCUUUUUAGGACGCAGUAAACGGUCUCAAUGACUAAGCAGUCAAUGCUAAAUCAAUAAAACUGAUAAGGAAAAUUAAAACAAUGCUGUAAUAAAUGGAAAAUGUGUUGCUGAAAUUAAAAAGAUGCAGUUUUAGAAUACAGAGGCUGUCAAUAAUUUCUGUGAAAUACAAACGAGACAAAUAAGUACCUUUAUUUUAAACAGCAAAUAGGUCAUAUUAUCUCCUGUCAGAAGGAGUGGUUUGACUGAUGUGUGUAAGUUGGAAGGGGAGUUUUGAAAACUGAAUUAUAGAUGACUUCUCCCACUCCAUCACCACAGCCAGUCAUCAAAUAAAAAUGUCUGACAGAGAUCCGAAAUACACAACUGCUCACUAAUAUAAUCUAACAGUUGGCUGAGGAGUGUAGUGGAAAGUUUCACCAUUCACCAUGUAUUGGGGUUAUGGGAUUCAUGUUUUAUGAGAUUUCUAUACUGCUAGGUGGGCUUCACUGGUAGCAGGUCUCAGAAUGGAGGAUUUACAGCACUGUUGUUUCCCUUUCCUAAUGGCAUACUACAGCCUCUUCGAAAGUAACGUUACAGAUGUGUGAAGAGGUCGCCCUCGAUCUUGAACAUGGAAUACGUAUAAAUGUUCUUCCCUGUCGGGUAAACAUAUUUUGACAAGUUAAGCAUGGAAUAUAUACGUCUGUUCUUUUCUUCCAGGUAAACAUAUUUUGACAAGUAACACAGUGACUAUUUUAUGCCUUGGAAAAUUACUUGCUGAUGACAUCAAAAUAAACCCCACUAUUGCUUCAGACAUAAACAACUUGUAAAUGUAUCUUCUCUCUCCAUUUCUAAUGUUUAUCUGUUUUUAAACUUGUGGAAUUGAUUGUAACUUCUUUGUCUAUAUGACUGGCUAAGCCUCUCUGUACAUACACAGUUGCCUCCAGCCAGUUAAGAUUUUCAUCUUCACCGUUGGACCAUAUCAUUCAUUAACCUCACAUUCAGCUUUAUGGCCAUCAGCCACAGACCAUUCUGAUCUAUGCUUCCAAAUGUGAGAUAAUUGGAAAAUAACUGAAUGACUCAGCUGUCAAAGACAAAGAAAAGCUACUCGACUGUAAAACUGUCAUCACAUUGAUAAUGCAGUUACUUGUUUGCGUUCAUGUGCCGGAUGAGUAUAUCCAAAAUCAGAAAAAUAAAAAAAAAACAUGAUCUGUUCAAAUGAUUGUGAUAAAACAUAACCAAUAUAUCAAUUAUAAUCAAAGUUUCACAACAAUUGAUAUAUUUGUGGUUUCAGAUGGAAAUUGUCAUGCUUGUACUUUUCAUGGGUUUAUAGUGAAACAUUGAAUUCACAAAUUCAGUGUUUCUUUGUAGUGAAUACUCUACAUUGAUUUGACAGAAAUGUCAAAAAACACAUAAAAAGAGCAAAGAAUACUGUGUUUGCAGGGGGGCAAGUCCCCUUCACCACCUAUGUGGUGAGCUGCAUCUCCCACACACCUCCCAUUAAUUAAAUACUAACUAUGAGAGCGCACAACAGUGUUGUAUAAGGAGAAAGUCCUCACUUUACUGUAAGUGAUCUAGCCCAAACCUGCAACCAUUUGCAUUCACACACACAGAAGAAAUCAAACACAUGCACACAUACAUACAAAUGAAAGGCACCCUUCUGAAUAUGUUGAUUAAAAUAUAGUACAUAACUGGAAAAGAAGAAAAUGCAUUGUACACUCCCCUUAUUAAUUCUUGGGAUGUCCUCACCAGGAUUAAACAAGAACAUUUUGUCAGUACAACAUGGUUUUCCACAGUUGAUGUAGUGGAUUUAUUUAAUUCCAUCCCCACCAAACUGGGUUAGAAUUCUUUUUGGAAGCCCUGCUUGAACAUUCAACUUUGGAAGGGGGGGGGCUCAUCAAUUUUGUGAUGGAAGUGAUGGAAAUUAUCUUACACAACAACUACAUUACUUUUGAAGGAGAACACUUUAGACAGUUGAAGGGGUGGCCAUGGGUUCUAAUAGUCCACCGAUAUAUGCUGACUUGGUAAUGGUCACGUGGGGAAAAAAGUAAAUUUUCAACACAGAUUUCAACAACAAUUAGAACUUUACCUUUGUUACCUGGAUGAUGUGUUUAUCUUGCGGAAGGGGGAUGAAAAUAUUGUUAACAAUUUUUUUGAACACGUUAAUCAUGUGUGUUCUUAUUUUAAAUUUACGUACAGUUACUCUAAGGAAAACAUAGACUACUUGGAUGUUUCCAUUUUAAGAGACAAGUGAAUGGUACUUUUACUUCUAAGGUUUUUUGCAAACCAACCUACUCUAAUAGUUUCUUGGCCUUUAACAGUAAACACCCUUUUUACACUAAGAAAAAUAUAGUUAGAGGCCAAAUGAUCAAAGGGGCAAGAAUGUGCUCCACUCUUGAAAACCUCAAAAGUGAACUUGGUAACCUCACUCAGAUCUUUAUUGACAGAGGUUACCCCAUGAGUUGGGUUCAUGAGACUGCCUUGGAAGUUUUACAAGGGUGGGGAACAAAAUAUAAACCUUUACUAGGUAGUGAACCAACCCUCGACCCCCCAUUCAGAACAAAACCAUUUCUGUAAAUUUUCCAACUCUAUGGUAACAUAUUUUGGUCUCCUGGAAAGAAAGGUGAGGAACAUUAACGAAAAUUGGAGGAUACUUGAAGCAAACAGUGAGGUGUUUUAUAUUUUGGGGAAGUCUCCCACUUUUGUUUCAAAAAUGAGAUCAGAUAUGAAGUUUUAUUUUGAACACAUACUUCAUAUGACUACUAAACAACAAGGGACAAAUAAAUGUGGAGCAUGUGAUUACUGCACCUUCAUUUUAGAAGAACUAUUUAUUACAAUAGGGAAAGUUCAUGUAAAAGUACACUUGGCCAAUGGUAACUGUAAUAGUAGUAGUUUAACAUACUUGAGCACAUGACAGAGCUGUAGGGCAUUUUAUGUUGGAAAAAUGGAGAAGAAUCUCCGUAAACGUAUAUAUGAACAUCAAUACACUAUAGCUAAUAAAAACACUAACAAUGUCCUAUUCAAGCACACCUUGUCAUGUACCUGUGAAGCUAGAUUCAAGUUUGGUAUCCUUGAAAUUAUUAAGAAGGACCUGAGAGGUGGUGAUUAGGGUAACAAAAUACACAAAAGUGAACUUAAGUGGCAACUUAAACUGGGAGCUAAUAUACCCCCAGGUAUGAAUGAACAUCUCUCUAUUGUUCCCAUUUUAAAGGCUAGAACACAAGACUUAUACAUUUAUUUUAAAGUUAUUUUUGUGAAUUAAUUGUAUUAUUUUUUAUUGUGUUGAACACUACCAUUUUAAAACUUCAUUUUAUGAUGAAAACAUCUUAAUGAUUUGUAAUUAAUAACUGUUAAUUGUUUGAUUGUUAAUUGAUUGCAUUAUUUAAACUACCUCAACUGGUGAAGCACUAUGAUUUGAUAAAUUCCUGUUGGUUUGGACAAAAGUGUGUACCCAGUACAUGUUUUUUUUGGAAGUGAUCUCUACAAUAAAACUUUCUUUGGA